AUGUCCCAGCCACCCUCCUUCACCAUCUGUGUCUCUGAGGACACCGAGAGCGAUGGCCAGGAGCCAAGCCCGGACAACGAAGGAGCCCUGCAUACCUCCUUCCACCAGCUCAUCCAGGAGCAGAGCAGCUUGGUAGAGGCGGGUCUGGAGCUGGAGGUGCUGGCGAGGGGCAGAGAUCACCUGGCCUUCCUGGCCCCCCCGGACGCCUGUGCCGCAGCCUCGCCAGAGCUGGAGCAGGAUGAGCAGCACCCCGGCUACUCCUCUGCCUCUCUGCGAAUCCUCGCCAACAUGCCCAGCCGCACCAUCGGGCACAGCCGUGGGGCCAUCAUCUCCCAGUACUACAACCGCACAGCCCGGCUGCGGCGCCGGAGCAGCCGCCCACCCCUGCAGCAGCUCUGCCGUGCUGCACGGCCCAGCCUGCGGCAGUAUGACCUGGAGACCGACCCUGCCAGGGCCACACUGGAAGACAAGCAGAGCCUGCUGGUGAAGGAGCUGCUGAGCCUCUCGCCCAGCCAGCGCAGCCACAUGCUGCUCACCGUGCCUCUCAGCCUGGCAGAGAAACGCACCCUCCGGCAGGAGCUGAGCGGGCAGAGGGGCCCCCUGAGGCAACAUGCCCAGCACCGGGCCCCCUCCUCUCCCUGCGGAUGGUCCAAGGACUACAUCAUUCUCGGCUGCCGGGACCUCUGGUACAGGCUUCUCUCCCUGCUCCCUGCCGCGCAGCCCUGGCACUACGCCCUGAAGCAGAUCGGCGGCCGCUUCNCGUCCAGUGUCCUCUCCUACUUCCUCUUCCUCAAGACGCUCCUCAUGUUCAAUAUCUCCUCAUUCCUCAUCCUUCUUGUCUUCGUGGUGGCCCUGCAGGCUGCGUAUCCCCCUGCCUUGGCCAGCCCCCGGCCCUUCACCGGCCUCGAGCUCCUCACAGGAGCGGGCUACUUCACUCACUCGCUGCUGUACUACGGCUACUACAGCAACAUCACCCUCAACGACCCCUGCGCCUCCAGCCCCAACGGCAGCACAUGCCCCCUCGCAGUCCCCCUGCUCCCGUACAACAUGCCACUGGCCUACGUGUUCAGCGUUGGGGUCUCCUUCCUCGUCACCUGUGUCCUGCUGGUAUACAGCAUGUCCCACUCCUUCGGGGAGAGCUACCGCGUGGGCAGCUCUGCGGGGGACCUGGCCGUCAAAGUCUUCUGUGCCUGGGACUUCAAAGUGAUCCAGAGGCGCUCAGUGAAGCUGCAGUGUGAGAACAUCCGCACCCAGCUGAAGGAGCUGCUUGCAGAGCAGCGGUCCCGCUCCCGCUCCCUGAGCCUCUGCCAGCGCCUGGGGCACACUGCUGUGCUUCUCCUGGCUUGGGCCGUCUCGCUGAGCACAGUGCUGGGCUGUGUGCUGGCUGUGCACUACUUCUCGGAGCACAUGCACACGGUUCAGCAGGACCACCAAGCCCGGGGCAGCAGCGAGUGGCAGCAGGAAGUCAUCCUGCUGGUCCUGCCCCUCAUGGUGUCUCUUCUCAACGCACUGAUGCCCCACCUGUACAACUUGCUGGCGAUGUGGGAGAAGCAGGACUCCCCCGUGGCAGAGGUCUACGUGGCGAUCUGCAGGAACCUCAUUCUGAAGAUGGUGGUCCUCGGCCUGCUCUGCUACCAGUGGCUCAGCCGGAGAGUCGUCUGCUCGACAGAAGAGUGCUGGGAGACAUGUGUGGGGCAGGACCUGUAUCGAUUCGUGGUGAUGGACUUCAUAUUCACCCUGCUGGACACGCUCUUUGGGGAGCUGGUCUGGAGGCUGAUCUUAGAGAAGAGGCUGAAGAGGAAGCAGAGGCCUGAGUUUGACAUCGCCCGAAACGUGCUGGAGCUGAUCUACGGGCAGACCCUGGCCUGGCUGGGCGUUCUUUUCGCACCACUCCUGCCGGCCGUGCAGAUGCUGAAGCUGCUGCUGCUGUUCUAUAUCAAAAAGACCAGCCUGAUGCAGAACUGCCAGUCCCCCAGCAAGCCCUGGCAAGCAUCUCGCAUGAGCACUGUCUUCAUCACCCUGCUGUGCUUCCCGUCCUUCCUGGGUGCAGCCAUCUUCCUCUCCUACACCAUCUGGUCGGUGCAGCCGUCAGAAACCUGUGGUCCCUUCCAGGGGCUGGAAACCAUCUACAAGUCAGGGAAGACCUGGGUGCAAGUGCUGGAGAAGUCCAACCCGAACAUCACUUGGUUCGCCUGGGUCCACCAGCACCUGGUGGAGAACACCUUCCUCCUGUUCUUCAUGUCCGGGGUCCUGCUAGCUGUGAUCUACUUCAACAUCCAGGUGGUGAGAGGCCAGCGGAGGAUUAUCCACCUGCUGAAGGAGCAGAUUGCCAAUGAAGGGAAAGAUAAAAUAUUUCUCAUUCAGAAGCUUCACUCUGUUUACGAGCAGAGAGAGAGACGUGCCUGAGUCCCAGUGUCACACUCUCCAGGAAGGAGCGGGACGACAGGACUCUGCUUGCAGCCAGGGACUGGGAUCCAGCCUUCUUUCUGAGCCAUCGCGGUGUGGCGCUGGAAGCAGCGGGGCCGUGGGGUACUGGGGAAGAUCCUCUCCUCCGGGUUGCAGUGGCCAAGGACGCACGGGGGCACAUCGUCUGGCAGCUCCGUGGGGAUGCUAUGGCACAAGGACGUGGGUGGUCCCACUGCCCAGCGCUGCUGCGCACGCAGCAGGCGCAGCAGGACGAGGGCCAGCACUGCUGUCGUGUCCCAGGGCACAGCUCCACACGGGACUGGCUUGCCAGCAGAGCCCUUCUCUGUGGGCGGUUACUGUUAGCAGAGAACAAUUCUCCCUCCUGUAAACACCCCAGCCAGCCUGGAGAACAACUUCAGGCUGUUUUCAGAAGCCUUCAGGGACAGUGAAGCUUUCUGGCUGGAGAGAACCUGCAGCCCCCUUUGCACUGCCCAGGAGCAGCAAGGCUGGAGCCAGGAGCUGCCAGGCACCAACCCAGCUCCAGCCCCGUGUCUGGUUCGCCAGGAGAGCAGCUGGCCGACACCUUCCCCAUGAAUGAGGCCACCCGGCUCCCCUGCCCAGGCCAGGCAGCCCUGUGGGCACACUGCGCCUGCCGGCAGGACAGGUUCAGGAAAACCACCAUGGUGCCGAGUGCUGGGCCGGGCAGAGGAACAUGAAGGCUCUGGCUCCCCAGCCGCAGGCUGACCUGGCCCAUUAAAGCA